AUGGCCGACACACAAUUUGACAGCGCUCUCGACCUCCUCCGCCGCCUCUCCCCCCGCGACACCGGCAAAAAUCUCCAAUCAAUCACAAACCUCGUGCCUGACCUAACCGAAGACCUCCUCGCCUCCGUCGACCAACCGCUCGAAGUCCGAAGAUGCCUCAAAUCCAACCGCGACUACCUGCUCUGUGAUUACAACCGCGAUGGGGACAGCUAUCGAUCACCGUGGAGUAACGAGUUUGACCCGCCCAUAGAAGAUGGUACUGUCCCCAGUGAGAGGGUACGGAAAUUGGAAGUUGCGGCGAAUGAGGCUUUUGAUGUUUAUCGGGAGUUAUAUUAUGAGGGUGGAGUUGGGAGUGUUUACUUUUGGGACUUGGAUGAUGGGUUUGCGGGAGUGGUGUUGUUGAAGAAGGGUGUCACACCUGGUGGAAAGAGCUCUGGAGCUUGGGAUAGCAUCCACGUCUUUGAGGCUACCGACCGUGCUCGCAUGACGCAUUACAAGCUGACCAGUACCGUGAUUUUACAUUUGUCGAACGAGAGCGACGCCCUAGGUGAAAUGAAUUUGAGUGGAAACAUGACGCGACAGGUCGAGGCGGAUUUACCAUUUGAGUCUGAUGCCAGCCAUGUCGCGAAUGUCGGUAGACUUGUGGAAGAUAUGGAAUUGAAAAUGAGGAAUCUGCUUCAGGAGGUUUAUUUUGGCAAAGCUAAGGAUGUCGUUGGCGAUCUUCGAAGCAUCGCUCCAUUGUCAGAGACAAACCAAGAACGAGCCGCCCAUCGUGAGAUGAUCAACUCCAUGAGCAGGAGAUAA